AUGUUUAAUUAUUCAUUCUCCCCCUUAGGCUGGCCAACGCGUCCGGCAUCUCCGGCCGUCACGGCAUACGUGGCCUGCCCGCUACAACAGUGCACUGCUGACCAGAUCAUGCCAAGGGCCCCCGAAGACAUGAAGGACUUCUAUAAUUAUGCAAGUGCCGGGUCAGAUGGCGAUAUCGAGACUGACUAUGCCAUAUCUUCUUCGCAUCCUCGACUUAUACACAGACAGAGGUCGACUAACGCAGCAAAUCAUAUCCACUCAGAGAGUUCUUCACUCUCCUCCGUGGGCUUAGAUAAUGGCCACAUGCAAGACCCCAAUCUGUGCUGUUCGAAACUGUCUGACUCUGAGGGAGUUGACAGAGAGAUGGUCAUGUGCUACGGCCGUGCAGGAACAUUGCAGUUACCACCUCCGUCGUUACCGCCCCCACCGCCACCACCUCCAAUCGAAGACAUUCCUCAACGAAGUCCUGUGGCAUCAACACGGAGGAAAUCUUUUGGACCUUCCCAGAGAGGAAAUUACUCUGAAGUGGAGAACACCUGCCGAAGAUGUAACUACUCGGAGGGAGAAGGAGAGUUUGAACAACAUUAUCUUGUCCAAACUGCAUCUGGGAAUGUGUUUGUUCCUCCUGUUUCAUUUUAUUCCUGCCCGGUUCUAGAUACCCAGCCAAGGUUUCCACGAACAGUCCCAUCCCGACAAGGUCUCUGUGUCUCUUUAUUUUUCUUUUCUUUUCUUUCACUCUUUUUUAUGAUAUCUCCUACAUUAAUUUAUUCUCCUCUUUUUUUCAAUCCUAGAUUACUUGUCCUUUUUUCUUCUCCUCUAUUCUCUUUUCUUUUUCUUUUAUUUACCUUAUUCUUAAACUUUACCACGUUCUUGUGGUUUCAUGACUUCCUUCUCAUUCUUUUACCCCUUCUUUCUCAUUCUUUUACCCCUUCUUUCCUAUUCUUUUACCCCCUUCCUCCCUAUUCUUUUACCCCUUUCCUUCUCAUUCUUUUACCCCUUCCUCCCUAUUCUUUUACCCUUUCCUUCUCAUUCUUUUACCCUUUCCUUCUCAUUCUUUUACCCUUUCCUUCUCAUUAUUUUACCCCUUCUUUCCUAUUCUUUUACCCCCUUCCUCCCUAUUCUUUUACCCCUUUCCUCCAUAUUCAUUUACCCCUUUCCUUCUCAUUCUUUUACCCCUUUCCUUCUCAUUCUUUUACCCCUUCCUUCUCAUUCUUUUAUCCUCUUCCAUCAUUCAUUUAUGUUCUUUCUUCUUUCGAUCCUUCUCUCUUUUACCUUCUUCCUCUCUUCUUUCCUUUAUAUUUCUCUCCUCUUCUUUCUCAUUAUUUUCUACUCCCCAUUUUUCUAUUUCUCUAUUUUAUGUUCUUCUUUACUUUUAGUUUCUUUCCCACAUUUUCUCAAUGUUUAAAUGCGUACACAUUUCCUCAGUUUGGUGCUACAGCAAACACAACAGUGUCCGCAUACCCUCCAGCCGCCCCGCAGGAAUACACCGUCUGUUAUUCCAAAUUUAGCAACGCAAGCCACCGGGUGAAAAAGCAGUUGAAACAGCGCUGCAGUUGGAAAUGUAUGGCCCUACUCUUACUGAUCAUAUCCGUUGCCCUGCUGGCUUGCGUUGCUUACUUUGCAGCCAUGUUGGUAUUUGAAGAAAGAGAAAGAGUAGCUACUGAUUCUAGUCCUCAUCACAAUGAUGGUGCCUUUAAUUCAUCUUACAAUGGGGGGGGAUACAGUACGCUGAGAAGUGGCAGUCGAGGUUCAACCUCUACAACUGCCUUACCAAGCCCCUCAGUUGUUCAUCUAGGUCAGCUUCAACAAAUGAAGAUUCCACCCAAAUCAUUCUGGCAGUCGAAAUACAAACAGACUGACCCUGGCUUUGUAAAGCUUAACUUUACCAUUCCUGACAAUGCUGUGUUAGGUGUGUAUGGUCGAAAAAACUUACCACCAACUCAUGUUCAAUUUGAGUUUUUUGAAAUAUUCUCUGGAUCAAGACUUGUCAAGCGAUCUCUUCCCUGGAGUGACAAUGUUGGGAAGAACACUGCCAUUAUAAGAUACUUAACAGCAGGUGAUUGGUACUUUGCUGUUUACAAUGACAACAACCAGCCGAAAACCGUAUCAUUUGUUACAAAUGUGAAAGAAAAUCUGGAUACCGACUGUCCACAUGAUUGUUAUCAUCAUGGUGAAUGCAGAAAUAAAAGAUGCAUUUGCUAUCCUGGUUAUUCUGGAAAAUACUGUGGACAAAAUACUUGUCCUGUAUUAUGCAAAGGAAAUGGUUACUAUGAUGAAGGCUUGUGCAGGUGCCACCCUGGAUGGAAGGGUCAAGAAUGUGAGAUUCCGGCAAAUGCCUGCGAAGUCCCCACCUGUAACGGCAACGGAGAAUGCGUUCGUGGAAAAUGUGUUUGUAAACAAGGAUAUGAAGGUUCUGAUUGUGGGAUUGUUUCCUGUACAAACAACUGUUCUUCUAAUGGAAUUUGUAAGCUGGGUCAGUGUCUUUGCUUCAGGGGCUAUAAGGGUCCCAGCUGUAACCAACCUGAUACUGUUAAUGUGAAGCAGCUCUGUUUAAAUGACUGCUCAGGCCAUGGCACAUAUGAACUUAAAUGGGACAGGUGCAAUUGUGAUUGGCAUUUCACAGGUGAUCAAUGUGAGACAGAAGUGUGCCUCUUGGAUUGUUUCCAUGGUUACUGUGAGAACCAGCAGUGUGUUUGUCAUAAUGGCUGGAGUGGCGCCUUGUGCGAUAUGUUGGCUUGUGAUCCACGCUGCGAUGGUCAUGGAUUUUGCAACAAUGGAACCUGUAUAUGCAAGACUGGUUGGAAUGGAAAACAUUGCACCCUAGAUGGCUGUCCUGAUGAUUGCAGUGGAAAUGGUAAUUGCCAGAAAUAUCUUGAUGGCUGGAAGUGCAGCUGCAACAAAGGAUGGAAAGGCCAUGAAUGUACCAUUGCUAUAGAGACUAUCUGCGAUGAUCAUCAAGAUAACGAUAAUGAUGGCCUCUGGGACUGUCAGGAUCCUGACUGCUGUGAAAACAAAGUUUGCAAGAGCGACUCAACUUGUAAAACAUCUCCAGACCCCUUAGACAUUCUCUUAAGAAAACAAUCGACCAGCACCACAGCAUCGUUCUUUGAGAAAAUGAAGUUCCUUAUUGAGAACAACAGUGUGCAGACAUAUGCAACACGUCAUGCGUUUAAUGAAAGCCAAGUGUCUGUAAUCAGUGGAAAAGUGCUGACCCGAGAUGGAAGCCCCCUAAUUGGUGUAAGGGUUGGGGUUGUUACACAACCCCUCUAUGGAUACACUUUCACUAGAAAAGGCGGAAUGUUUGAUAUUUUGGUGAAUGGAGGUGGAUCAGUCACCUUGCAAUUUCACCGAGACCCAUUCCCUGCCCAAAGUGCUAGUGUUCUUGUCCCUUGGAAUCAAAUCAUCACCAUGGAUGUUGUGACUAUGACUCUUGAAGAUGAUGACUGGAUAGCCCCCAAUCCUAUUCUAUGCAACGUAGAACAUCAGUAUUAUCUGCUGCGACCUGUAGUCCUGUCAACAUGGCAGCAUACACAACUUGGAGCCUGCCCUGAGAAAACAACCAUUAUUCCUGAAUCUCAGGUUCUUCAAGAGAGCUUAUCUAUUCCAAAUACCAAUGUGCAUUUGGUCUAUCACAGUAGUGAAUCUGCUGGGUAUAUGUCUGUAAUUAUGAUUCAGAUGACACCAAGUACAAUCCCCGAUUCCUUGGCUGUUGUGCAUCUGAAAGUCUCCGUCGAAGGCAUCGUCAUGGAAAAGAUCUUUGAGGCAGAUCCAAAUCUUAAGUACACCUUCUCUUGGAACAGAAGGAACGUUUACCGCCAGAAAGUCUAUGGAAUUGUCACUGCCCGAGUUUUUGUUGGUUAUCAGUAUCAGAAUUGCCAUUAUAUCUUCUGGGAGGCUCGGAGUACCACAAUGAGUGGUUACGAUUUAACCUCCUCUGAGAUUGGUGGUUGGAAUUUGGACAUCCAUCACACUUACAAUUUCCAGGAAGGAAUACUGCACAAAGGUGAUGGCACCAACAUUUAUCUGAAAGAGAAGCCCAAGAAAUUGGUCAACAUUCUUGGCAAUGGGUCUCGGCGGAAACUUCUAGGGGAUGAUUAUGAUGGCAAAGCCCUGGAUAAAGAGUUGCUGGCACCUGUUGCUCUGGCCAGUGGACUUGAUGGCAGUCUUUAUGUCGGUGAUUACAACCUGAUUCGAAAAUUAUCGCCAAGCAGAGAGGAAGUAGCCAGCAUUUUACAGAUGAGCACUGCAUCAAUUUCUUACAAAUAUUAUAUGACAGUAAGCCCUGUGGAUGGUCGCCUCUAUAUAUCAGACUUUAUGAGCCAUAAGAUUUUGCGUGUGAAAACAAUGGGGCCUGUGCGUAAACUUGAAGAAAAUUUUGAAGUCAUUGCCGGCAAUGGUGAAGAAUGUACCCCAGGAGAAUCAGGACUUUGUGGUGAUGGAAAUCUGGCAGUAAAAGCCCGUCUAAGUCAUCCCAAGGGGAUUGCAAUUAACAAAGAUGGCGUGAUUUAUUUUGCUGAUGGCCCGAACAUACGAAGGGUCAGCACUGAUGGACAAAUCAGCACUUUAAUUGGCUCACAAGAACUUGUUGGCAAAUGGACCCCAUUACCGUGUGAAGAAAUUGUCUCUGCAGACAAGGUGAGUUUACGGUGGCCCACAGCUCUGGCCAUCGAUCCUCUCGAUGACACCCUUCAUAUUCUGGACAACAAUGUUGUCCUUAAGCUCACCCAGGAUAAAAAACUGAUCAUUGUCGCUGGAAUUCCACCACAUUGUCCGUUGAAACAGACUAGUUUUCUGCCCAGCGGAAUCCUCUCGGAUGACGAACAAGCUUCAAGCAUCGCUAACCAUGUGAUUCUAACCUCACCUGGAAGUAUGACUUUUGGUCCCCAUGGAAACCUCUAUAUUGUAGAGAGUGAUAGUCACCAAAUAAACCGUGUCCGGGUUGUCACUACAGAUGGUCGUAUCCAUCACUUUGCUGGUGCCAAGUCAAAAUGCGACUGUGAGAAGCCGAACUGUAGGUGUUAUGACUCCAAGGAGACCCUUGCAGCUCAAGCACUUCUCAACACCCCGACUUCAAUCACUGUGACGCCAGAUGGAGUGAUACAUAUCGCCGACAUGGGGAACUUACGUCUUUACUCAAUUGUGUCUGAGUUGCCACAGCCUAAUCUCCUCGGACAGUACGAGGUCAUGUCACCUGAGACCCAAGAACUGUACAUUUUUAACAAAAACGGACAGCAUCAGUACACGAUUAACAUAAUGACCAAUCUGUUCAUGUACAAUUAUACGUACAGUGUUAAUUCCUUUUAUGGAAAGCUUACCGAGGUGUCUGAUGCAACAGGAAACAGAAUUGAAAUAAAGCGUACCUUUGAUUUACAAGCUCAGCUUAUUAACGCACCAGAUGGCUCCAACUGCAAAAUCACCACCGACAAUAUCAACAAACUGCAUCGCUUCAUUGCUCCGGACAACAAAACCUCAACUUUUAAGUACCACCCCAGCUCAGGGUUGCUCAUCUCGAAGCACGUAUCUGACGGAAAGACCUACUUUUACAAGUACGACGAAAUGGGACGUCUCCUGAAGGGCAGCCAACCAACAGGAGAGAUCACCUCUCUGCAGACGGACGUGAAUACCACAGGUUCCAUUGUGCAUGUAACUACUGAUAGCAGUGAUGCAGUUGCAUUGGCUACAUAUGGACGUGUCCAAUCUGUUGUGCAUGGCAAGUGGGCUGAAAUUUAUAAGUCUCUCUGCCCUCCAUAUCUUUCUCCUCAUCCCUCUUCUCUUUCUCUUUUUCUACCUUUGACCAUUUAA